GAUUGUUUGCAACAAACUUGUCGGUCGUUUAUGCAUAGACUCUUCGGAAAUCAUUUCUUGGUUUGAACAUAUAACAGAGCCUCUUCUUGAAGACAUCAACACCAUUGUUUCUCAAGACAAAAUGAAGGCAAUCCGAACUAUAGUUCUUGUAGGCGAAUCAUCAACAUCGGAAUAUAUUCGAGACAAGUUAAGAGAAAAAUUGCCUGGAGUUACUCUGAUUAUUCCCGAAGAUUCAACUCUAGCUGCUAUGAAAGGAGCCGUGCUAUAUGGACACAAUCCAGAUAACUCAAGGAAGUUUCUGGUGGCAGCUGCUUUCGAUUUGGGAAGCGCUUACAGCGGAUAUGCCUAUUCCUUCACAUAUGAUCCAAAUAUUGUGUUUACCAAUCAAAACUGGUGUUCUGGAGGCUCGUCGGCGUCCCUUGUUACACUGAAGACACCAUCAAGUGUACUUCUUGAUGACAAAGGACGGUUUCACUCGUUUGGGUUUGAAGCAGAGAAUGAAUAUGCUGCACUUGCGAAACAAAAUAAAAUAAACGGGUGGAGACUGUUUAGACAGUUUAAAUUGCAUAACGCCAAGUAUACGGCGAGGAUUUCAACAGUAGAGGACAUGCAAGGGCAGCCGUACUCGGCCAGGAAAAUAUUUUCAAUUGCAAUUGGAUACUUGCAUGAACACCUAUUAAAAGCUUUGAAACAAAAGUCUCCAGACAUAAUUGAGGCCAAUAUUCGGUAUGUUAUAACCGUGCCGACGACAUGGGGUCCAGAGGCUCAUCAGGAUAUGAGAGAGAUCGCUAAAGAAGCGGGUUUAGAUAAUAAUAGGCUAUCAAUAGCGUUCGAAGAUCAAGCGGCUGCCAAAUGGUGUACACGAAGUGACGGGCCAGCGCCUGAUUUGAAAAAAACAGGAUCCAAAUACAUGAUCAUUGAUCUAGGAGGAGGAUCCACGGAAAUUACAGUUCAAGAGCGUGUGGCUGAUUCUGACAUCAAAGUGUUGCGAACGGAGAGCAUCGGGACAUGUAAUGGAAUUCGUGUCGACGAAGAGUUUCAGCAAUAUCUAGAAAAGAUACUUGGAAGAGAAACUUUGACAAACUGCAAAAGAAAAGACAUCGAUGAUUAUUUUGAAAUCAUGAGAAGAUUUGAAGCCAAACUGCGGACGCCGGUAUUUACUUCAAAAUUGGAAUUGCUGUUACCAACCUCUUUAUUAAAGAUCGCUAGGGCACUUAACACAAAAGAAGUCGACAACUCUGGAAAACUGCAGAUACCCUUUUUGGAAGUCAGUUCCUGGUUUGAAAAGAUAACUAAACCUUUGGUAGAAACAAUGAAAACACUCGUUAAUGAAAUCAAUGUAAAAGGUGCUGAAACCAUAUUUCUCGUAGGUUCGUUAGCAGAAUCUAAAUAUAUUCAAGACAGGCUAAAAGAAGAACUCCCGAAAAUGAGAUUGGUAUUACCUGAAAAUUCAGGGUUAGCUGUUCUGAGAGGAGCCGUAUUGUAUGGACACGAUCCAGAUCAUGGUUACAUGACGUCUCUUGUGGUGGCAGCGUUUGAUUUCGGCACAACCUAUAGCGGAUAUGCUUAUUCAUACAGACAUAAUCCAACAGAAGUGCACACAAAUGAGAGCUGGUAUACAGGUGGUGCUUCCUCUCAGCUUGUCUCGCUGAAGACUGCAACUUGUGUUCUUCUGGAUGAUAAAGGAAAGUUCAACUCGUUCGGAUUUGAAGCGGAGGACAAAUUUGCUGCGCUUACGAUGCAAAGAAAAAAUGAAGGAUGGAGGCUGUUCAGGCGUUUCAAAAUGCACCUGCAUAACAUCAAGAAUUUAUCCAGAAAUUUGACAAUAGAGGAUAUAGAAGGCAAACCAUAUCCCGCCAUGGAUAUAAUUUCAAUGGCGCUAAGAUAUCUACACAACCAUCUCUUGGAAGCCUUUCGUUCGAAAAAACCAUCAAUCCUGGAGACGGACUUUCAGUACAUCAUCACCGUGCCGGCAAUAUGGGAUGUUGCGGCCAAACAAUUUAUGAGGGAGGCUGCCAUUAAAGCGGGCAUUGAUGAUCGAAGGCUGGCUUUGGCGUUGGAACCAGAAGCUGCUGCAAUAUGGUGCGGCGGGUUAGGCAUUAAACGUCUGUCGUCAGGGUCAAAAUAUAUAGUGAUAGACCUAGGAGGUGGGACGGCAGAUAUCACGAUUUUUCUGAGUUUGUCUGAUGAUAACAUUCGAGUGAUACACAAAGCUACUGGAGGAGCGUGGGGAGGUACUUGCGUGGAUAAUAACUUUUUAGCUUACUUAGACAGAAUAUUAGGACCUGGUGUUUUAGAUGAACUAAGCAGAGAGCGCUUGUAUGAUUAUUACUGUUUGAUAAGAGAGUUUGAAACAAAAAAGCGAUCCGGGACGUUUUUUUUAAACGCUGGAUGUGUUGUCCCAAUAACAAGUGCAAUGAAGGUUAUUGUUAAUAAACGACAAUCUGAUGGUCAGGCGGGUAGUGCCCUCGGGGAUUGGUUAGAAAUCGAGUCUUGUGAGGUAAAGGCUUGGUUUAAGCAACCUAUUUCGAGCCUGAUUGAACAUGUUAAAGAACUCAGAAAAGACAAGCAGAUAAGAGAUAUUAAAAACAUAGUGCUAGUCGGAGGGUUUGCGGAAUCGGCGUUUGUUAAAGACAGGUUUAGAAAUGAAUUUUCCGGACUUACAUUGAUAGUACCUGACGCGGCAGGUUUGGCAGUUCUUAGAGGAGCCGUUUUGUAUGGCCACAAUCCUGGUAUAGUAAGCUCCCGUGUUAUGUCCCACACUUACGGCAUAAGUUUAUACAAUGACUUUGAUGGGUCAAAACACCCUCUUGAGAAAAGGAUUCUCGUUUAUGGUAAAUUGAGAGUCGCAAACUGUUUCCAAAUUUUUGUCAGAGUGAACGAGUCAAUAGCUGUUGUUCACGAGGUAACUCAUACCACCAUACCAGUAGACAAUACCACUGAGACAAGUUUUUGUGUGUAUAGAACAUUGUCAGAAAACCCGAUGUACACUACUGAUCCUGGCUGUGAGUUGCUGGGCAAAUUGAGAAUCAAGAAUAUUGCAAACGUACCAUUACACGACCAGAAACACAUUGUUACCUUCAUGUUUGGCCACAGCGAGUUGCUCGUUAAGGUGAAGCAUACACUUACUGGGGACAUUGAGACCCUUACACUUGACUGUCUGCAAUAGAGGAGACAUACAUGUCGUGACAAUGUCGCAACCUUGUGUUACGGUAUCGUUGUCCUGAACUGCUCUUUAAGUUAAAGCUCGAUCGUAUUUUAACACCACGAUCUUUGUAAUAGAUUGAUAGGAAUUUAUUUGCAUAACCAUUUCUUCGGGUUUUCUGUGCAUUAUGUUUGUAAAUAUUAUAUACAAACAUGCAUAUAUGUAUACAUUGCGGUUCGAAUAAUUGUAUGUCUUAUGGUAAAAUACAUGUAACAAUAUUUCAUGCACUCUAUGGUUUAAAGAAAAAGAGCAUUACAGAGGAAUAGUUAACGUAUGGCAUCUGCAACUAGAAAAAAUUGACAGUUUUUACUCAUAAUUUGCUUAUGUUCAAACAUUAAGUGCCAAAUAUAUUCUUCAUGUCGUAUAUGUGUAUUUUAAUAAAAACUGAGCCUUUUUCGAAUCGCGGUCGCAGAUUUCAAAACCUGAACGCUGACCUCCAGUUCAAGGUCAAGGUGUGACUUGACUAUUACGUGUUUUGUUCGAUGAGCACUUGCACUGUAUAUUUGCAAAUGUGUUAUUUUGCUGUGUAUGUUGCAUUAUAUGUCUGUUAUGUAAAACAUCUUAGUAUCAGUAUGUGUAUUUGUUUAAUUCAAUUUAUUUUUACCUAAAAAUGAUGAUUUAUAAGUUAUUCCGCAUUACAUUAAAUACCAACACAAAUUGACAAAUUCUAAAGUAUACUUUUCUCAUAUAUUUUUAGCAGGCACCUUAUGAAUCAGGCGGACAUCAUCGUAGUGAUGUCAUAAAUUAGUAUAUGUAACAAAUAAGUUAACGAUGGAAAAUUGCUCCUAUUUAUCAUUUCUUGUUUAGUAUAUCGUCGCUGUUCUU